AUGACGACAGCUGGGUCGAGGGCCCCAGGGUCGACUGUCAUCAACUGGGGAUGCGAUGCUGCUGCAGCGACCCCCCCGAGACAUUGGCUUUCCCCCAGGCGGAGAGCCGGAGCCCACACCCCGACACCCCGACUCUUCUCCAUCUCUCGCUCGCCCUCUCGUCCUCUCUUAUCCCUCUCCACGCUCCACGCCCCCGGCGCCGGCGCCUCCAGUGCUUCUGGACGCGCCAAGAGGGGUGGACGGGCGAACCUCCAGCGCUCGAGUGGGGACGGUGCGCUCCAGCUUGCCCCUUCGCUCGCCCGCUUCGCCGCUCGACGGUGA